AUGAGUCAAAAUUAUCAACGAAGACAAGUUUCUUCUACACGACGACAAUCCACAACUUUACCGGUUUUUCUUCGAGAUUUCGAUGAAGCUAAUCUUGAACGUCGUUUAAGUACCUGUGUCAACGCUCAACGACGUUUAUCAACUGUUUCUCAGCUGUAUGUACCACAUGGAACUGAAUAUCAUCCUCAAGAACAUGUACCACCAACAGGACCCGAAGCUCACCAACCCUUUCUUGUUACAUCAGUUGACGAUGAAUAUACACCAGACGGACGUCGUUUGUCUAUUAUAUCUCAUCGAUUUGAAGCAAUCCCCGAAGACACGAGUGAAUCGAUUGCAGAAUCUAAACUAGGAAAACUAAGUAAAUUUCAUCGGAAUGUUCUGUUCGUCUGUGAACCUCUUAUAAGCGGGUUAAUUAUCUUUCCGAUCCUUGUUCUUUUCUGGGAAUGUGGCUGGAAUCUUGUUCUGAUUCUUCUCAAUAUCUUGAAUGGAUUCGAUGUUAACCUACAUUUGGAUGAAAUGACCCAAGAAGAUUUCGAAUCUUAUACAUGGCAAUCUUUACUUGGCCCCUAUUUGAUUGCUCAAGUUAUUCUUCUCGUCUACUAUCUUGGACAAGAUAAAAUUCAUCAUUUUCUCAAAACUCAACAUUGGCUUAUUCGAACCAUUAUUUUGAAACUGCACAUUCUUGUGUUAGCUUCGUGUUAUAUUGUCCAGUGGGAAAUGUUAUGGACUAUUUGGGAUCAGUUUACUCCUCAUGAGUGGUAUUUCGAGACUACCGUAUCAAUCGCAUCAUUGUUUGCUUUGAUUGUCUUCAUUGGGCAUCUAUCUGAUCUAGUUUGUUCGCCAUUCGUUUUUAGUUAUGAUUCGAUCGAGUAUUGCGUCUUCUUUGGCUGCCCUCUACUUACACGAGAAAUGAAAACAUGGAAAAUCAAUUUUAUUAAUUAUAUUUUGUAUGAAAUUAUCAUUUCUAAUUUAUCAAUAAUGACAUGGCGUGGGUUUUAUCAUUGUCUGGAUGAAUAUCUGUAUCCGGAUGAUGUAGCUUUAUCCGCUGGAAUUUGUUUGAUUCUUGGAUAUGUUCUCUAUUUUCCACUAAUGUAUUUUCAAACAUAUUUAGAAGAAUUGAAUCUGAAAUACGAAUUUUGGACAUUUGUGUCAAUCAAUUUUCCUCAAUUCUACCGAAAUAUUCGCCAUUUACUAGCGUUUGUAUCAUGCGUGUUUGCGUGGCGUGGUUACUGGGUUCUCUGUGAUGCUUAUGUCGAUAUAUUCUAUGAUUACUAUCUAACAUAUUUAUUUUUAUAUCUUCUAUCCUUUGCAGUUUUAUGUCUCCUUCAAACAGCAUCUUCAACCAAUGGACCACUAAGCAAUAUGGAGAAUGAGCAUAAUUUCUUUCCACUGUAUCCUCAUUGUUACGUCUCGACGGUUCAUGGAAAGAUUUUAGAUCAUCCGUAUUUUCAGUCGCAACCUGUGGAAGAAAAUACACAACUAUGA